AAACUUUCGCGGAUCAUACUUGUACUGAAGGCUUUUGAGCUCCCAGCAUGCAUAGAACGGUAUUUCUUUUAGCGGUUCUUGUGGGACUUGCUAAUUUGUGUCGGAGUCAGGAUAGUGAAGUGAUUCAAGAAUCAGCAAAGGUGCUUCCAGCAAGUGUGGAUGCAAAACUUAAUUCGCCGCAGCCUGAUUUAAAACCGGAUGAAUUCUUGCACAGGGGCAAACAGUACUUCAUACAUUGUUUAGACAAUGAGCGGGUGGAAUUUUUUGCGGCAUGGCAAUUCUGCAACAGUAUUGGACAAGAACUAGGGGCUGUUGUUUCCGAACAUGAUGAUGAGCUACUAGCGAAGAAGGCCGUUGAUGUAUAUAAUAAAGAAUUAUGGUUAAGUGGAACAAAUUUGGGCCGGCAUGAUUCGUGGGUUUGGUUAGUUAACGGUCGUGAAGUAGGGUGGGGAAACAAUUUUCUCAAAUGGGCACGUGGACAACCACAUGGAUCUGACAAAUGUAUGCUAGUUACAGUGGAUAAAAAUGGUGGUGAAUGGCGAUCUGCAAGCUGUCAUGAAAAACGUUGCUUCGUGUGCCAGAAGUAUCUAACAUAACGGUGAAAAAAUGUGAAUAUCUAUUUUUGUUAUGAAGUUUAGUUUUACGUUUACAAAGUGUAAUUGUCAAUUUUCCAAAUAAAUUUGAAAUUUAGGAAAUCAA